AUGGCGCACAAGAAAAUGGGAACCCGAAACGAAUUAACCUGUAGACCGCUCGAUUCAUUGGAAGAAAUUCAGUCAUUUUUACAAAAUCCACCUGCGUGGAGGACUUUAUGCACAGAUUUAGUUCCUCACAGUGAGAGUGUAGUGAGAAACAUAAAAAUAAAUCCGUUUUUCGGUGAAAAUAUACUCGAAACUCCACAAACGUUCUGUCAUUAUGAUCCGGAAGCGCAAGAAGUCGAGCGCGAGGAACGUCGACGACUACCAAAGACACUGGUUUGCCAUGAUAUGGCUAAUGGCUACCACGACGACAGUUUCAUCGAUGGCACCGGUAACUACACCGCCUAUACGUUCUACAACUGGGGCGGCAUCGACAUAUUCUGUUAUUUCAGCCACCACUUCAUCACCAUCCCUCCCCUGGGCUGGAUCAACGUCGCCCACGCGCACGGGGUUCAAAUUAUCGGUACCGUUAUAACGGAGUGGGCGGACGGGGUGGCGAUGUGGGAGAAGCUGCUGUCGUCGGAGUCCGAGUGGCAGGACUUCGCCAGCAUGCUGGUCGCCAUCGCUAAGACCUUGAAGUUUGACGGAUGGCUGCUAAAUAUAGAGAACAAGGUGUCGGACCCUCGCUCGUUGGUCCAGUUCGUCCAUCACCUGCACACCGCCCUCCACCAGGAGUUGCCGCACGCGGUGCUUCUGUGGUACGACAGUGUCACCGUCGACGGUCAUCUCUACUGGCAGAACGCUCUCAACGAGAAGAACAGGGCGUUCUUCGAUGUUACGGACGGUCUGUUCACGAACUACUCGUGGAGCGCGGCCGACGUGUCGUCCAGCGUGCUAGAGGCCGGCGACCGCCUCACCGACCUCUACAUAGGGAUCGACGUCUGGGGACGGAACUUCUACGGCGGCGGGCAGUUCAACACGCAGCAGGCGAUCCAGGUGGCGUUCCAUCAAGGUUGUUCGUUAGCGAUAUUCGCCCCGGCCUGGACGUACGAGGCCCUCACCAACGACAAGGACAACCUCAACUGGGUGACGGACGGCGAGGAGCUGGACGGCUACGACAGUUUCCUGCUCCGAGACCGCGCGCUCUGGACCAGCUUGUGGCCCUUCCUGAACACGAAGCUGCCGUGCCGGUUGCCAUUCCAGACGUCCUGGUGUCGCGGCCAGGGGACGAGGAGAAGAAUCUAUGGAGAAGUCAUAUGUCCAGUGCCUUGGUACAACCUGCGACACAUGCACUAUCAGCCCAACUCGACCCUCGGACCCCACGGGUACUUACUGUCGACACAGGACAACAUCAAUCGCCUCUCCAACUUGGGGUUGCUGAAGAACAGGGAGGGCAUCCUCAGAUACAGGAAGUCCUUGGAACAGAGCAAGAUGGAGCUGGAGACAAACCCCGGCGACGUCGCCAUGAACAUAAAGGAAGACAGCUUUACGCGUCUGGACUCGGGUUCACACAGGGAGGUGGUGGUCGACAAGGAUAGUGACACGAGCACGGUGAGGACUACGGUCAGGACGAAGGUGAAGAACGCACUGAGGAACCUGUUCAAGAUCAGAACGAGCAGAGUCGACAAAAACGGAAGCGACCACGUGAGCCAGGCGAGCGACAGGACGGACGAGGCGGCGCGGGAGGCGGAGGAGUACCAGUCCUCGGGGAAGUCCAUGGUGAGGAUGUCGCUGAACCUGAGUCUGGGCCGGACCACCAAGACCAGGUACUGUCUGGGCUACGUGUCCAUGGAGCGCGAGUGUUUCGAGACCUACUACGAGGACAGCUUCAUAGGCGGCUCGUGUCUGAUGGUGCACCCGGCAGACGACGAGUACGAGGCACAGCGCACGUCCCGGCUCUUACACUGCGACUUCCGGUGUGACGACACGCUGGUCGUGUGCGUGGUCACCAAGACCCUGGACGAGCACGACGACCAGUUCCUCAACAUCAGACUGAGCGUGUCGGACUGCGGAGGCUGCGAGAAGGUGGUGCUGGUGGGGAGGAGCCUCCCCAGCGGAGGGGAGGAGCCAUCCGGCACCGAGCUGGAACAUGUGUUCCCCGUCAACGACGAAGACGACUUCCCCGAGCUACAGAAGUAUCUGGUGCUGAACGAGCCCGGGUUCUACGUACCCGUCGUCAACCCGUACGGGUGGCAGGUCAGAUAUUACCGCGUCCGUGUCCCGGGAUGCCGCGUGCUGGCCGUCAGCUGUCGGACGGGCCUGCCCCUGGGGCCGGUGCUGCUGGGACACCUGGGACUCUGUAGCAUCAGAGAUACACACGCCGACGAUGCACAAACCAACGUCGCCAGCUAGCGCGCUCGGGCGACGGACUCGCGCGUACUGGUUGUAUUCAUACAUGUUAUAUUACCUCGGAUGUAGCGCUUUGUAUACAAAUAAAGUUAAUUGGAAAAAAAAUAUCAUGGCGAGAAUAUAAAAAGUA